AAGGAUAUAUUGUUCGUGGGUCAUAGCCCCGAUUCUAAUACCAAAAUAAUCAUUCAUACCGAUGCCAAACGAAAUUCGGAUAUUUACGUUAUUAAAUUCGAAAUUAUCGAAGAGAAAACAAACGACAUAGUAUCAAGCUAUAGCGUAUCAAGGUCAUUUGGUAGUUGGUUUGAUGUAAACGGUGUGAUGGAUCAAGAGAGGUUUGAAAGAACAUUGAUCGAAGGUCUUGAGGCAACCAAGAGUGGCAGGAAGCCGCACGAUCAGUAA